AUGUUCCUCCGACGCCUUGGUGGCUGGCUCCCUCGCCCCUGGGGCCGCCGGAAGUCGACAAGGCCUGACCUGCCCACCCCAGAACCCAGACGGAUGGACAGCUCCUCUGAGAAUUCAGGGAGUGACUGGGACAGUGCCCCAGAGACCAUGGGAGAUCUGGGGUCUCCCAAGACCCAGGACUCAGGUGCACAGAGGAGCUCUGGGGCAGCUCCAGAACUGAGCAGGGAGGCCCAAGUUGAGCAACUGGGGUACAAAAGAAUGGAUUCUCUCAAGUGGGGGAAGAUUGUCUCCAGCACCCAAGAGCCUGGGAGACCGGAGGCUGGGGAGACCAUUCCCAAACUAGGACAGGAUCCUGUGGACUCAGGUGGCACCGGGAAACCUGGAGGGUCCCCUGAAGAGGAAUUGAGCCCCCCAGUGGCUGAAGCACUAGUGGAGAAGCCUGGCCGGCGUCAGAAGUUGCUGGGCUGGUUGCGGGGGGAUACAGGUGGGGGAGCAGGGGCUCCCCGCCAGUAUCUGGGGGACCCAGAGGAGUGUCUGCAGAUCUCUACCAACCUGACCCUGCACCUGCUGGAGCUGCUGGCCUCAGCCAUGCUGGGGCUCUGCUCAAGGCCCUUGCGGGCAGCCUUGGAUGCCCUGGGCCUGCGUGGACCACUGGGCCUCUGGCUGCAUGGACUACUGUCCUUUCUGGCUGCUCUGCAUGGACUCCAUGCCGUGCUGAGCCUACUGACCGCUCACCCCCUGCACUUUGCCUGCCUCUUUGGUCUUCUACAGGCCCUGGUGCUGGCUGUCAGCCUCCGGGAGCCCAGUGGGGAUGAGGAGGCCACUGACUUGGAGGGUGAGAAGUUGGGGAGGGAGGGGGAGGAGCAGAGGGGAGACCCAGGCAAGGGGCUGUGA